GUUUUUACACAUACGUGAGAGUUUGACUACAUCUCAACUUUUAUUUUGAUAGAAAAUGUUGUGUCCUGUAAUGUCUGUCUUCCUGCGUCUACCCUUCCUGUUUUGCUACUCGCGUUGAGGGAAACAUGUCUGGCACUGGGGGUGGGAAGCGCCCCUCCGGAGGGGAUAGUCCCCCUGUCCCUCCUGAAAAAAAACUGAAAAAAGAGGAGAAGACUACUACCACUCUUAUAGAGCCCAUCCGCAUUGGAGGAGUUUCAUCCACGGAGGAGAUGGACAUGAAGGUCAUUCAGUUCAAGAACAAGAAGCUCUGUGAACGCCUUGAACAGAGACAGGCUUUGGAGGAUGAUUUGAGAGAGAAGAUUGAGAAGCUGGAAAAGAGGCAGGCCACUGAUGACACCACCCUGCUUAUUGUCAACCGCUGCUGGACUCAGCUUGAGGAAAAUAUUCAUGAACUGCUGCAGCGGGUGGAGCCUAAGGAUGCCCCAACACCUACCCAAACACCUGCCACCCCACCUGUUCCUGCAGAUGUCCCUGUUUCUGCUGCAGCCACAUCACCAGCUCCUUUGCCAGCUCCAGUAGAAGGGGAGGAAAGCCUCCCCAAGCCUCCACCUUCAGCUGAGGAUGUGCAAGAACAACAACAGCCAGUGCAAGACAAGGAGCAAGAGCAACAACAACAACAGCAGCAGCUGACUGACACUGAGGUGAAGCCGCCUGCAGAGCCAGUGAAGGAUGGAAUUCCUGCCCCUCCACCCCCUCUCAGUGAGAGUGCAAAGGCUUUUCUGGCCACUCUGGACAACAGUAGUGAGGAGGAACUCACUUUGCAGCUGCAGGACAGGAUGCAGUUCAGCAAGGGGGCUGUGGCUUGCAUGGUCUGCAUCUUUGACCGUUUGCACAGCAGCAUUGAGGAGCUGUGUACUCGAGUGGAAACUGCUGUUUGUGAGGAUGACAGUCAGCGAGAGAUAAUUGCCACAAACCACACACUUCUAGAGGAGAAUAAUCGGCUGCAAGACCUCACUUCCUCCCUUCAGGGGAGGCACCACAAAAUGUCAUUGGAGUAUAAUGAACUAGUUGAUAAAGUCACAAGUUCUGAGACUAAAGUCUCUGAGAUGGAAACAGCUGUGGAGGACCUGCAGUGGGAUAUAGAGAAACUCCGUAAGGGAGAGCAGAAGUUGAAUAAGCAUCUAGCAGAAGCUCUGGAACAGCUUAAUUCAGGUUACCAUGCUACUGGCAGUUCUGGUGGAUUACCAGGUGGUCAGAUCACACUCACCAUACAGAAGUUUGAGUCUCUGAAUGCAGAGCUGGAGCAGAACCAAGAGCUUGCCAACAGCCGCAUGGCAGAACUUGAGAAACUGCAGCAAGAGUUACAGGAAGCUGUUCGGGAGAGUGAAAAACUAAAGGUGGAUCUAAGGAAUAUACCAGAGGAAGUGUUGAAGGAGACGCCAGAUUACAAGUGCCUCCAAUCACAGUUCUCUCUGCUGUACAAUGAGUCUCUGAGUGUGAAGACCCAGCUGGAUGAAGCCAGAGCCCUGCUGCUCACUGCCAAGAAUGCUCACCUGCGGCAGAUUGAGCACAUGGAAAGUGAUGAAUUGUCUCUUCAGAAGAAGUUGCGCACUGAGGUCAUCCAGUUAGAGGACACUCUGGCCCAGGUGCGGAAGGAAUAUGAAAUGCUACGGAUCGAGUUUGAACAGAAUCUUGCAGCCAACGAGCAAGCAGGCCCAAUAAACAGAGAAAUGAGACACUUAAUCAGCAGUCUGCAGAACCAUAAUCACCAGCUCAAAGGGGAUGUGCAGAGAUAUAAGAGGAAACUACGCGAAACACAGAUGGAAAUCAACAAGUUGAAGUGCCAGAGUGGAGAUGCAGGUGCGCUGAUGUUGGAGGAAAGCGUGGGUGAUGGAGGACUGGAGGUUAAGAAAGAGGAAGAUGAAGACCAGGAGGAGGAAGAAAGGAGAAGAGAGCUGGAAAGGCAGCGAGCUCGAGAGAGAGAGAGGGAGACCGAGAGAGAGAGGGAGAGAGAAAGAGAGCGGGAGAGACAGCGCAGUGAGGAGUUGAAGAGGAAGGACUCUGACACGCUGAAGAUGCUCAGAGGAGAGCUCAAAAAAGCUCAGGAGUCCCAGAAGGAAAUGAAACUGCUGCUAGACAUGUACAAAUCAGCCCCAAAAGAGCAGCGGGACAAAGUUCAGCUCAUGGCAGCUGAGAAAAAGUCCAAAGCAGAGGUGGAGGAGUUGAGGCAGCGAGUGCGGGAACUGGAGGAGAGGGAAAGAAAGGAGAGCAAAAAGCUUGCAGAUGAAGAUGCUCUCCGAAAGAUCCGUGUGGCCGAAGAGACCAUCGAACACUUGCAGAAAAAAUUGGCUGCUACUAAACAGGAGGAAGAGGCUCUGCUGAGCGAAAUGGAUGUGACUGGACAGGCGUUUGAAGACAUGCAGGAACAGAACAGCAGGCUCAUGCAGCAGCUUCGAGAGAAAGACGAUGCCAAUUUCAAACUAAUGAGUGAGAGAAUCAAAUCCAAUCAGAUUUACAAGCUUCUGCGGGAAGAGAAAGAGGAGCUGGCAGAUCAGGUGCUCACUUUCAAAACCCAGGUGGACGCACAGCUGCUGGUAGUGCAAAAACUGGAAGAGAAGGAAGGUGUCUUGCAGAGCACACUGGCAGCUCUGGAGAAAGAGCUGACACUGCGCACUCAAGCACUAGAACUCAACAAGCGCAAGGCGGUGGAGGCAGCCCAGUUGGCAGAGGACCUUAAAGUGCAGCUGGAGCACACUCAGACCAAGCUGAGGGAAAUCCAGGCCUCGGUACUGGACAACCGCACAGCCCGUGAGAGGGAGAGUGUCAACCUCAAGAAAGCACAGGAGGAAUUGUCCAGACUGCGCCGUAAGCUGGAAAAACAAAAGAAAGUGGAGGUGUAUACAGAUGCUGAUGAGAUUCUUCAAGAAGAAAUUAAUCAAUAUAAGGCUAAAUUACGUUGUCCCUGUUGUAAUACCCGGGAUAAGGAGACUGUCCUCACCAAGUGUUUCCAUGUCUUCUGCUAUGAAUGCUUGAAGACACGUUAUGACACUCGCCAGAGGAAGUGCCCUAAAUGCAAUGCUGCAUUCGGAGCAAAUGACUUCCACCGCAUCUACAUCACCUAAUGUUAUGUGGACCGUUUUGAUGGACUGAAAACGUAGAUGCGAAAAGAAGGGAUGAGAGUGGACUCAAGAACAUGGCUACCAUGCUGUGGUGUUUUAACAUACUCUAAAGGGCCACUUUCACUCUCAUCUGUAAUAGGCGGCACUAGUGACCAAACAGACAGUGACAGAGUGGAAACAGUUGUGAUGAAGUAAUGAAGUUGUCAUGGUCUUAUAGCACAUGAUCAGUGAUCCUUCGUUGCAGAAGAAUACAUUGAGUUUUUUUUCUCCCUUUUCCUGUGUUCUUUAAAGUGCUACAACUUAGGUUUUUUUUAUUUUUUAUUUACAUUUUUCUGGAGAUGCUCUUCAAACACCAUAAAAUGAGUCAAGACUUGGGUCUGCUCAGAUUUCUCUAUCAUAAAUAUCAGAACUCCACAUAAUGUGACAGAUAUUUUAAUUAGUUCACAGAAACUGUUUUACUUUGACAAUUCUAUGAUUUUUUUGAGUCAUACAGUAACUCUAUCCAGUGUUCCGAGCAAGUUUCUUCUGUUACUGAACCCCUUUAAAGGGAUAGUUCACCCAAAAAUGAAAACGCUCAUAAUUUUCAUGCCAUCCCAGAUGUGACUUUCUUUCUUCUGCGGAACACAAAGAUUUUAAGAAGAAUAUUUCAGCUCUGUAGGUUCAUACAUUGCAAGGGAAUGUUGACCAGACCAUUUGAAGCUCCAAAAAACCCAUAAAACGCCAUUGGUUAAAUAUGUCUUCAGAAGCAAUAUAAUAGGUGUGGGUGAGAAACAGAUAAAUAUCAAGUAAUUUUCCCCCUACAAAUCUCCACUUUUGCUUUCACAUUUAAAAGUAUUUUAAAGUGAAAAAAGUAUUUAAUUAUUGAUCUGUUUCUCACCCAAAAGUGACUGCAUCGCUUCAGACGACAUAUUAAACCACUGAAGUAAUUUGGAUUUCUUUUAUGCUGCCUUAAUGGGAUUUUUGGAGCUUCAAAGGUCUGGUCACCAUUCCCUUGCCAUGUAUGAACCUACAGAACUGAAAUAUUCUUCUAAAAGUCUUAAUUUGUGUUCAGCAAGAGAAAGAAAGUCAUACACAUCUGGGAUGGCAUGAGGGUGAGUAAAUGAGGGAAUUAAAAAUGUUUUGGGGUGAACUAUCGUACGGAGCCCCCGAAGUGACCUGUGCAAAAAAAAAAAUCUAAGAGACUUUCGCGUGCGCACGAGAAACUUUCGCGUGCGCACGAGAUACUUUCGCGUGCGCACGAGAAACUAUCGCGUGCGCACGCGAAAGUCUCUUAGAUUUUUUUUUUUGCACAGGUCACUUCGGGGGCUCCGUACUAUCGCAUUAAGUUACUAAUGAACAGAUGUGAAUGGUACAAAGUGGGAGAGCUGAUGAGAAGCAUAGAUGGUGGUGCAUUGAUCUUUAAAGAAGAAAAAAACAAGAUAAAACUCUGGAGUUCAAAGUUAUGUUGCUGUUUUUAAUAUACAGAAAUAAAAAAAAAUACAAAAACUAUGUAAAAGAUAAACAGUUGACACGUUCCAUAGACGUGAGGACAACAUAGCCAAGAAUACUAUUUCUGUACCUAUAGCACAGUUUUCUUAAAACAUUAACAAAUCUGAUACGUGCAUUUACAGCCUAGAAAUGUAUUUCUUGUUAAAAUUGUGUAGUGUUUGUUAACAAGAUUUUGCAUUGAAUAUUGAUUUGACUUGUGAUGUUGUACUAAAUGCAAAAGGAUUACUCAAAUUCACAACUGAUAUAUUAGUCCAUAUGGUGUCUGCCAAUACAGUCUCAAGAAACUCCACAUUUUCAUAUGUGUGUUCUUGAGUAUAUUCAGAUGAUUUUAGACAUAAGGUUAUAAUAUUAGCCAUUAUAAAAUGAUCGAGAAGCAUUGGGGGGAGAACAUGGUAUUUUCUUUCUUGCAGAUCUUUGCUUGGAAUAUACCUUACUGUGCAAAAGUUUUAGGUACUUGUGAAAAACUUUCAUUGUGAGGAUUUCUUAAAUAAUGACAUAGUUUUCAUUAAUCAAUUAACAUCAUACAAUGUCCAGUAAACAGAAAAAGAGCUAAAUCAAUAUUUGAUGUGAACACAUUUGCCUUCAAAACAGCACCAAUUCUAAUUACAGCUGGACACAUUCUUGGUUGUUGGCAGAUAGGAUGUUCAAAGCUUCUUGGGGAAUUCGCCACAGUUCUUCUGUCACUUUCUGUUAUCCCAGACU